AUGCCUACUCGCGUACUCGGAAUACUUCUCUUGUUCACUGCAAAACAUACAUUUGCCCAGCGGCAUUGGGUGGAUGGCCAUCAGAAUUACGGCUCCUAUCCUUUACUACCUGCAUACAGCAGCAGAUCUCCAGCCGCACCGAUGAGUGCGCCUUCAGCUCUGACGACUUCCCCAACCUCUGAUCUGGAGACGUCUUCAGCGAGCUCGACAACCUUCACAGCCUCCCCCACCACGACGGAGAACGCAAUACCAGUGACAAAUAGUCCAACAAACGAAACAAGUGUCCCAUUCGCACAAGCUACAUUUUUCGUGCAAGCUAUUGAAUGGAACUUUCAGCUGUAUGUGGACUAUAUAGGAUUUGGUAAUUAUGGUAGCACAUGGCUUGUGCGAAUCUCACCACAUCAUACAAUAUUCACCCUUAACGAACAAGGCAAUCUCGUCCUAAUAGCUCCAGGCCUACCAGAAGAUGGCUUCUAUGCGCAGUGGGAUCGCGAGACAGUACCAUUCGUGAGGCCUGGCAGCCCCGAGGAUGAUCCUGCAAAGCGCUGCAAGUGCUCCAUCGAUCAAGAUACCUUGGAGCUAACGUGCGACUGCAAUGGGUGGACAAGAUUUUGCUUCGACAGGGAAAGAUUAGAUCCCGUUCCAUUGCUGGGAAUUAGUAUUUGUCUUGCCGAUCUUACUCCUAGUUUCGACGGUUGGGUUGAACCACUGCCCGUAAUGGCAGUCCCCACUACUCCGACUAUAUCGGCCAUACCCAGCUCUACAGCAGCGCUCACCAUAAGCAUCCUCUGA